AUGUCGGAUCAGAUACAUUCUAUUGCUCUGUUCCUUGGAAUCACAUCAAUCUCUGGGAAGAUUUUGACCAUUCUUGCUGGUCUUUUGACCGUCUAUAUCUUCAAAACAGCUGCAGAUUAUGCGAGAUUGAAGCAGUUCAAAGGUCCUGAAUGGACCGGCAUUUCAAACUGGCCUCAUAGCAUAGCAUUCCUUCGAGGAAAUUGCCAUGAGUGGUACGCUGAGAUCAGCAAUAAAUAUGGUCCAAUCGCCCGCGUCGCGCCUAAGAUUCUCAUCACGUCUUCGCCUGAUAUCUGGAUGCACGUGAAUACCAAGCCAGGAUACAAGCGCUCGGACUGGUACUACAGAGCCACACGAAUCGAGUACCGAAGAGACAAUGUCUUCUCUCAGACAGAUAACAAAAAACACGCGAUGCGGCGAAAGCAGAUGGCUCCAGGGUAUUCUGGAAGAGAGAAUCUGCACCUUGAGGAAUCCAUCGAUGAGCAAGUCCAAGACUUAAUAAAUCUUAUUCGAUCCAAAUAUCUGUCGUCUGAUCGCCAAGUCGUCCCUAUGGAUCUCGCGAAAAAGGUGCAAUACCUCACUCUCGAUGUCAUAAGUAGCAUCGGCCUUGGCAAGAAAUUUGGGAUGCUGAAAAGUGAUGAAGAUGUGGAUAGCUAUCUUGCAUCAAGCGAGGAAGGAUUAGCAAUGGGAAAUAUUGCACUUGCUCUGGGAUUUAGCUGGGUUUCCCAGGCCCCGUUUAUUGGCAAGUUCAUUUUGCCUUCACCUAAGGACAAAAUCGGCUUCGGUAAGAUGAUGAACGCAUGUUUCCGUAUCGUUGACGAACGCGCCGGAAGUUCAAUUGAAGGGCGGUCGGAUAUGUUAGCUUCCUUUAUGCGUCACGGCAUCGCAGGAGAUGACCUGAGAAGUGAGGCGCUAGAACAGAUCAUCGCAGGAUCCGAUACUAGCGCUGGUGCUAUUCGUGGCACAUUACUUCACAUAUUAACAAAUCCUCGCGUGUACUUCAAGCUACAACAUGAAAUUGACAAUGCUGUGCGCCAAGGUCACGCACCCAGCGCAGGUGAAGGAUUGAUUACUGCAGUCGAGGCUAAAAAGCUCCCUUACCUUCAGGCCGUCAUCAGCGAGGCGCUGCGAAUUUGGCCACCUGUUACGAAUAUCUUCUCGCGAGAUGUGCCAAAGGAUGGCGAUACAGUCGUUGUCGAUGGUGAGAGCGUGUUUCUCCCUGGCGGUGUUUGCAUUGGAUAUUCUGCGUACGCCAUGCACCAUAGUGAGAAGAUAUAUGGCCCGGAUGCAAAGGUUUUCCGUCCUGAGCGAUGGCUUGAGUCGGAUCCAGAAAAACUAGUUGAGAUGGUUCGGAUUAAUGGCCUCUCUUUCGGAUAUGGUAAUUUUCAAUGCCUAGGCAAGCCAGUGGCUCAGAUUGAAAUUGGAAAGACAAUAUUUGAGCUUCUGCGCCAUUUUGACUUGGCAUUGAUUAACCCAACGCAUCCUUGGAAAAUACGGAACUUGCUUGGGCUUUUCGCUAUUUCGGAUAUGUGGGUACAAGUAAUGGAGCGAGCACCAUAUUCUCAUUGA